AUGUUCUCACCAGAUAACCAAGUGUCGCCUAAACCGCCAGAACAACUCUCGUCUGAUUCGUUCAUCCUCCAGCGUGCAGCUCGUAUUAGAUCAAAUAACAACAAAGCUUUGCUGGCCAAUAGUACGGUUGGCGCAGUUUCUAAUCAACAAGAUCUUUACUUCGGCGACCCACAGGGGGCUGCAAAGUGCCCAAAUUCGGAACUUUACAAAACAGAAUUGUGCAGAUAUUGGUCGGCAGGUGUACCCUGCAAAUUUGGCAUUGGUUGUUGGUUUGCACAUGGUCCAAGUGAGCUACAGAUUGCUCAGUUUGUUCUUCCGUCAGGAAGCCGCGGUUCUAACUCGCCGGAGUGUGAAGGCAACUGUGUAGCUGACACGCCAGCAACGUUACUUACAAAAACUACAGAUUUUUCAAAAGUUGUUGGUAGCGAGCGUGGUGCCGGAACCCAAGGCACUAAAUUACAAAAAACAGAUAACGGACGUUACAAAAGGGAAUUUGAUAUCAGUUUCCGGAAUUUCGCUGUAACUGUUCAAGUUGUUGUUUUGCGGUCUUGCAUUAAUGAUGAUAUGCGGCUACUUACAGCGGAUUUUUGGGACAGUGGUAUAUCUUGCUGUAGGCGCUCGUCGGGAAGUAUGUCGGGAACAUCGGACAAAGGGCCACCAUCACCACCAUUUCCAGACCAGAUGCCAGAUUUCCCAGUGGUGAUUUCUGGGAAAAAUUGCAGCACUUCACCAGUGGAGAUUGACUUCAAAGGCCUUCAAGAAACUCCAAAGUGGGAGCUGCAAAAUAUUCCACAGAUCCAGGGUGCCGUUGGUGAGGAGCCACUUUGCGAUAUGUACUCCUGGUGUGGAUUUUGUGUCAUGGGUGACGAAUGUCCAUAUAAUCAUAUCCACUAA